UAAGUUUCGCUAUAAAUUGGAGUCCUGACCAGAGUAAGGUAUCAUUGAUCACAGUGACUUCAGCAGCAACGCACCAACCAUCAACUCUACCAGCAUAAUGGCAUUCAAGUUUGUCGUCUUCGUCGCCUCUCUGGCCGUUGCCAGCGCUGGCUACCUGGAAGCUCCAGUGUCGUAUGCCGCUCCAGUUGCCGCUCACUACUCGCCAGCCUCAUCGGUGAGCUACAGCAGCCUGUCGCACGCCACUCCACUGGCCUAUGCCGCCCCAGUCGCCAAGACUGUUGCCUACUCUAGCCCAGCCGUCGGAGCUACCCACGAGAGCACCAUCCGCAGCCAUGAUGGUACCAUCUCGCACCACUCCAAGGCCGUCGACACUGCUUUCUCGAGCGUCCGCAAGUCCGACACCCGCAUCACCAACGAAGCUCCCAAGCUGGCUUAUACCGCCUAUGCCGCUCCAGCUGUCCAUACCACCUAUGCUCAUGCUGCCCCAGUUGCCGUCGCUAAGCAGAUCAGCUAUGCUGCCCCAGCUGUCCAUACCACCUACGCUCAUGCUGCCCCGGCUUACCAGACCUACGCCCAUGCUGCCCCAGCUAUCCAGACUUACGCCCAUGCUGCCCCAGCUAUCCAGACCUACUCCCACGCAGCUCCAGCCAUCCAGACCUACUCCCACGCUGCCCCAGUGGUUGCCGCCCACGCCACCAAGACCCUGACCUACUCGCCAGCCGUCGAGGUCGCCCAUGUCAGCUACGAUGGAGCCCAUGCCCAUUAUGCUUGGUAAACUGUUCUGCCCAAACACCACCAUGAUACAAUGAUCAAUCGUCAUUGUGUCUAUUUAUUAAAAUCCACCGUUGUUGUUUUGUUUUGACAGUACGCUCCGAUCAUCAUCUUGGAGUGUGUUUUUAAUAAAAUAGAUGCAAUCAAA